CGUCACUUUCACUUCACCUUUGACCCCUCACCAUCACUCUUCUUUCCCCUCCUUACCCCCUUCCAUCCCUUCAACCCCUCUCUGCUUGUCCCCUAGUCCCCCACCCUUGCAACGGCCGCGGCGACGUCUCGACAGACCUCGGUUCGCAGGCACCGCGCUCUCCCCCUAUCCCCACCCUUUCGACUUCGAGCGACACUACGCAACAAGAAAGCUGAUCUUUGACCUCCAUUUUCUCACACCGACCCUCGCUUCGACGGCAAUCUUACCACAAGUCAAUCUUUUGGACUCUUCGGGGGCGAAGACAGGAAAAGGACCGUGAGGGGAGGCUGGAAAGUGCCGAGGAGAAUAACAUAUCAAGAUGGGCGACAACGAAUCGUAUGGGUCCCGACGUGACCUGGUCAGACGACGGGGUGCAGGUGGCGGCGCAGCAAGCUCCCGAGGGAGCCAAGACACGUCUCGAUCUGGACAAAACAUGUACCAGCCAGGUACGCCGAUCGGAUACCUUGCCGCUCGCGGAACGCCGUACGAGAAAAAGUAUUUCACAAAGAAGCUCGGCUUCUGCUGCCUUUUCCUUGCACCACCAAUCCUUGCAGUCGUCGGUGUCAUUGCCUUGGUCCCUGUUCUGUGGGCCAUCGCGAGGCAUGCGCUGCAUACUGCCCAGCUCCACGUCUACGAAUCCAACAUCACCGCUCCCGGAAAUACCUCAUUUCCCCUCACCAUCGAAGGCCAGGUCAGAAAGACGGGUAUUUUCCCGGCACACCUUUACUUUCGAAAGCCCGUCGAUGUGUACUGGAGGUCUCGCCCAACAGAGGAUGAGCCUCUCGGCACGGAGCUCCACCUAGGCAACUUCAAGCUUGCGCAUAUCGGUGCUGCCGCCGGUCAUGGACGCGUCAAGCAGGCAACCACCUUUCACAUUGCCGACGAAGAAGGCUUUGGAACUUUUGCGCAGUGGCUCGUUUCGGAGGAGGAGUUCACCUGGCAGGUUCGAUGUCCGGAGGUGCACGCAGAGGGCUUCAGCUUCUUCCCUGUCUACAAGCAACUGGAAUUCGUAAAGGACGUCAUCAUCAAGGGUAUCAACAACUUCGAAGACAUUCACAUCAUUGACCUUCAAUUGCCUGGUGAUGACCCUGCUGGCGGCAUCACAGCGGUUGCUACGGCAACACUUGUCAAUCCCUCUCCUUUCGGAGUUGCCGUCGGUACGCUCAACCUUGCACUGUACUACAAGGGUCUCUAUCUUGGUCCUGUCUCGGUUCAUGGGCUAAAUUUGACUGCCGGUAUCAACACGGCCACACUCCGAGGUCGAGUCGUCCCUUAUGCAGACAAUGCAACGGCGCUCAAUAUUCUGGGAGAGCUCUUUACCAAUUACAUCAACAGCGUAUCGUCGCCCGUCCAGGCCAUUGGAGUGUCGACGCAGCUUGCCAACGGCGAGACUGUGUCGUGGCUCCAGAAGGGUAUUACGUCGCUGGUGGCGCAAAUUCCCUUCGUGCCGCCGAGCCCCAUCAACCCAAUCAAAGGCAUCACCAUCGACUAUAUUUCGCUCGUGUAUAAGGAAGAGCUACCGUACAACCCUGACGUUUUUUCAAACGCCCUCGUAGGCUCUUUUGGCUUGCCUUUUGGCUUUUCUCUCAACAUCACCAGCCUCGCCGCGCAGCUCAACAUCUAUUACCAAGGUGCACCCGUCGGUACAGUUUACGGUCCAUACUCGAAUUCGUCGACCAAUAUUGCUGUUCUUUCGUCGGGUGAGACGUCGGGCACUAUCGAUUUAACGCUGGCGCCCUCGCAGCUCGUGCUGCCCAACACCACCGUCGAAGCCAGGAAGCAACUCAUCGAGUUCCAAAAUGCUUUCACCUAUGCCGCCACUGCUGGGUUCACUUCCGAUGGUCUCGCAAAGGCGGUGAGCGACACGCCCGUGGGAAGAAUUCUUCUCAAUGGCAUCAAGUUCGACGUCGGUACAGGCCUUGCCGGCCUGAACGGCCUGACCACAUACCCGACGAUCAUCAAUAGCGUCGAUGUCACUGGUGGGGCACCCGAUGCCGUCGCCCUCACCGUCGGGCUUACUGCCAUCAACCCUUCCAACAUCAAUAUUUCGGCAGGUGACGCCACCUUCAACCUUGUCAAUGGUGUGAUCCUCGGCAACGCCACCCUUCCCGCCUUGAACUUGAAAAUUGGUCGGAACGACAUCAAUUCGACGGCCUUCUUCGAUCCCAAUCGCGACCCACGGGGCUUGGAGACACUUAAUCGUUUCAUCUCGGGCCUCGACACCAAUGUCAACAUCACUGGUAGCCUACAGUCGAGCAAAGUCGAGUCGCUCGCUCCUACACUUGCCGGCAUCCGCUUGAACGCUACGCUCCCCGGUCUUAAGCAGAACCUAGCUCGAUCGGCCAACUUGACAGUGCUCGACACAACGGGACUGGUCAAUGACUUUGCCGACUCUCACGUCUCCCUGCUAAAUCCAUUCAGCUCCGAGCUUACGAUCACGCAUAUUCGCGCAAACGCCUCAUCGCACGGUAUCUACAUUGCUCACAUCGAUACGCCGCUCAAUUUCCCUGCACCCGGGAAGCAGGUGACGACGUCUCCUGUUGUGCCCUUGUCGCUUAACCUCUACCCUCCGGACCUUUUCAGUCUCCUCAGAGCGUUGGUCAUUCAAUCGGGCCAAAAUCCGGCAUACCUCGACGGUCUUGUCCAGCUCGCAGGUUUCACGCUGAACCCAAGUACCGAUGCCAACAGCGGUACUUCGCACAUGAGGAAGCGGGAGGAAACCGACGAUUCCUUCAUUUUGGAAGACGACAAUGAGAUGGCUCAGAUGCUCAUGGGCACCGGGUCCAAUCCUGGAGCGCUUCUAGAGUACGACGAUCUCGUUGAAGGCGAACAAGAGGACGAGGAUGAGGCAGUGAGCGAUGGUGUGGCGAAGGCUGGUCGCAGGAUGAGCUACGGAGGACUCGAAAAGCGUGACAACCUGUACACUGGUUUCGACAUUGUUGACUAUGUGGGCAGGGCUUUCACGGUUGCGACGGCCAACCUCGAAAUUGUCGGUGAUGCGAUCAUUGGCGAGUACGGCACCACCUUGACGUUCUCGCAGAAUGACGUGCCCCUCGGCACCGAUGACACUCUCUUCAAGCUCCUUCCCAUUCUCGCUUUGCCAAUCGUCCAGCGCGUUGUUGACAGCGCCGUUCUCAACGUUGACCGUGUCACAAUCACGGAUGCCAGACCAACGAGCUUUACGGCGGCCCUGCAGGGUGCCUUGACCAAUGCAGGACCCUUUGACGGAGUCGUCGAAUUCCCCGAUGGUCUCACGAUUUACUACAAUGGUCAAGCCCUCACAACGGCUGCAUUCCCGAACGUGUCGCUCGUCGGUGACCUCGGAUCAUCGCUCAACGUCAUUGUCGAAGGUCAGAUCCCCGAUGUGAACUUCUUCACCAGCUUCCUCCAGGAUGCGAUCCGCAAUCCUUCGUUCAUCUGGAACAUUCGAGGCGAAAACAUUCGCGUCAGCGCGCUGGGCAUUGUCGUACCCAACGUCACGAUCAACAAAAAUGUUCAGCUCACUGGUCUUAACGGUCUUCAGGGCCAGGUUAUUAUCAACUCUUUCGAUGUGCCAUCGAAUGAUCCCGCGGGAGGCUUGCAUCUCACGGCAAUCAGCACGAUUAACAACCCCGCGCAAGUGGGCGUGGCGCUCACGGCAUUUGGAACCAUGAUCAUGGCCAACCAGUCGACGAUCGGUCCGGCAGGCUCGGAUGGUGCCUUUACGCUUCAGGCCCUUGCUGUGACGCAGGUUCCUCUUGUCGGUCGCAUUCAACCGCAGACGACGGAUCAGGACCUCUCUACUUUGGGCAAUGUGUUGACAAACUUCGUCCACAACCAGAACACGCCACUGCGCGUCAUGGGCAUGUACGCGGGACCAUCGGACGUAGUUUGGUUGAACGAAGGCAUCAAAGCCCUGGACGUCGAGGUGAUGCUGCCUGCGCAGGAUUUCCAAGUCAUCCGUUUGGUGUCGAUCAACCAAUUGUCGCUCUUCUUCACGAUUCCGACUGCGUACGCACCCAUGUCCGACACGUCCAACACGACAGCGAACUUCUUCCUGCCAUUCUCGCUGCCCGUUGCGAUCGACACCGUCGCUGGUCCUUUCAUUGCACGCUACAACGACAAUGAUAUGGCUGUCCUCAACAUUCCAACUUCGCCAACGAUGACGGACGUAGAGGCUCGUGUGCUGACGCUGAUGUUCAACAACGUUCCUUUCUCCGUCUACAAUGGCCAGCAGCAGACGUUCUCACAGUUCGUCGCCGAUGUAACAAAGGGCGAGCAGGUCACCUUCAACCUCCACGGUUCCGCUACGGGUCUCGCUGACACGGCCGCCGGCAAGGUGACGAUCAGUGAUAUCCCAUUCGACCUCAACACCAACAUUCUCGGUCUGCAGAACCUCAACAGUGUUCCCGCUCAGGUGUCAGAUCUGGACGUCGUACAUGGAUACCCCACCUAUCUCAUGAUCACCGUCAUGACACAGCUCGUCAACCCAUCAGACAUUACUAUUGGCGCGGGCGACAUUCAAUUUGCGGCUCUGUUCCAGGAUCAUGUCAUCGGCGCGGCCCUUAUCAAGAACGUCCUCCUCGUCCCAGGCGUCAACAACAUUCCUACGCAGAUCAACUACAUGCCCGUGGGCGCUGAUAACGUGCGGUCGGGCCAGACACUCUUGGAGAACUACGUUCAGAACAUUACAUCGGAUGCGGUCGUCCAGGGCACCACCCAAACGACUCCCAUUCCCUCAUUGAUCCAAGGUCUUAGCGGCAUCCAGCUGACGGCGGCUAUUCCGCCGCUGUUGAAACUCGUCGUUAUUCAAGCUGCCCUCGAGGUGCCGACCAACAUUGCACAGACGAGCAUUGCCAUGGCCUCGGUGAUGAUUGCCAACCCCUUCACCGCGUCGAUCAACAUCAUCAACCUCCAGGCACAGGCUGUGUACCAGGGAAUCACUAUCGGCCGCAUCAACCAGAACCUCGGGGCAGAGAACAACAUCAUCAGCGCGCCGGGCAAAGUGACGACGCAGUCGCAGCAGAUCCCUAUCACCAUCGACACGAACCCGAAGACGCUGAUUCGCUUUAUUGAGGCUGCGGCAGCCACCGCUGGCGUCAGCCUAGGACCUCUGCCACCUUUCUUCCAGCAAGUUCUCGAUCUGCCCGACACAACGACGACGAUCGUGCCUACACCGGACCCUCAACCGGCGACGGCGAGGGGAUCUGUUUGCUACUCUGGUCGCGCAUUCGACACCCUCGGUGCCGUUCUCGAGCUGCUCAAACCUCUGACUGCCACUAUUCCGAUCCAAUCGACGGUCAAGAUUGAUGAUUAUCAGACGGAUCUUAACUUCGUUCAGUCUCCCGUGCCCGUCGCCACGGAUGACACAGCUCUCUACCUCAUCGGCCCGGCUGGUGCUCCACUGAUCCAGCUCGUCGUCAACGAAGCUACUCUCCUCGUCACGCAGGCGAACGCGACGGCCAUCACAAGUCAAGGCUUCGCUGCCGCCCUCGCAGGCUCUCUCCUGACAAAUGCGCCCGCCGACGCUUAUAUCGAGUUCACUGAGCCUGUCCAAAUCGACUUCAUGGGCACGACGAUUGCCGAGAUCUCUUUGCCACCCCUUUGCUCGCAGGUUCCGGAUGGUAUCCCCAACCUGAAUACCAACGGCCAGCUGACCAUCUUGAACAAUGACGCCUUCACCAACUUUGCCUAUUACAUUCUGACGGAACCUAAUUUCCAGUGGUUCCUGCACAGCAACAAGGUUCGUGUCCGCGCCCUCAACAUCGUCUUUGACGAUGUCAUCCUGGAAAAGACGAUCACACUCGACGCUUUCGACGGCCUAAAGGGCAUCGUCAUCUCCAUGUUCAAUGCACCCAGCGACGGUCCGGGCAACCGCAUUAAUCUUGUGGCACAAGCUCCCAUCUAUUCGCCUGCGUCUCUGGGAGUCGAAUUGGGCACUGCGACGUUCGACGUCUUGUUCCAGGGAAGCUAUCUCGGUCAAAUUUCGUCGAUCGAUCUCUUCCUCGCAUCCAAGGCCACGACGCUGUCCAAUCUCCAGGGCUUCUUGAGCGACCAGCACGGGAACGACGCCGCCUUGGCGAAUCUCGGUAUUCUCUUCUCGCAGUUCCUCGCGGGUCAAAAUUCGACCUUGACCGUCAGGGGUUUCAGUGUUAUAACGCCUGCCAGCGGUGGACAGCCUGUCAGGUGGCUUACUGAUGCCUUCAAGCGCUUCGAAACCAACGUCAUCCUGCCCGGUCACAUCUACCAGAUCAUCUAUUCGAUCACGUUGUCGGACCUGACGGCGAAGGUUCUCAACCCUGCUGACUCGUACACUAUUGUUGGCAGUAACAAUCAGACAUUGGCCAUGUUCGCAAACCCAUUCGGCUUUGGUCUCACGCCCCUCGAGGCCGGCCCGAUGAUCACGCUCACGUACGGCGGCGUUGAUGCUGCCAACAUCAAUUUGCCCUUGGCACCCGUCAAGGCCGGCACGUCGCGCGGACCGACGGAUAUGCAGCCUCUGGAGCUCAGUUUCAUGAACCAGAACAUCGUCGCGGCCGACCACGGCGCCUUCUCAUCGUUCCUGGCUAAGCUGGCCGACACAGAUAGUGCAACGUUUGGACUGAAGGGAACUACAAGCGUCGUCGCGGGUCUGGUCAUUGGUAACCCGACGAUCACAGGCAUUCCUUUCAAUGUCACGUCAUCGCUCCGGGGUAUCAACAGUUUCAACCAUGUGGCUGGCGUGUCCAACGUCAGCGUCGACAGUGGCACUCCCGACUAUAUCGGCAUCGACCUUACCGCCACGCUUGAGAACCCUAGCAACCUCACAUUGUUCACCAAUCAGCUCUCGCUGCCCGUCCGCUACACGAGCAGCACGACGAAGACGCCUGUCAUCAUUGGCCGAGCGACGAUCCCCGACAUCGGCCUAAUCCCCGGCACGAACAACGUACACUCAUUGUUCGAAUUCAUGCAGCAAAACAACAAUUCGGAUCAGCAGGCUGUGCUUACCGACUAUCUCCAGUCGACCGAUCUCAUGACCCAAGGCAUGGGCAAUUCGAUUCCGCUCCUGAUUACCGGUCUGCCAAACGCCAACCCGCCCCUGAGUCCGUACGAAUCGCUGGAGCCAGCGCUCGAAGGCGUUACAGCGGCAGCCACGCUUCAAGGUAUCGGUACUAGGAUCGCGGUUGAGAUCCGUGCUUACAUUUCGCUGGAAACCCUGCUGGAAGGUCUUGCACUGCAACCGACGCACAUUUACGCUUAUCUCGAUGCCAAGAAUGACUUGCCAGUCGACAUCACCCUAAAUCACAUCUCCACCACGGUUACGAGCUAUGAAAAACCGCAGGAUGGUCCCUACGCGAUGUUCGACUUUGACUUCACAGGUGCCAGCGCAUUCACCCUCCCAGCGGCCAUUUCGACGGGCAAUCCGUCGAAAAACUCUGUGACAUCACCCAAGGUCACGAACAUUCUCCUCACCAAGGGUCUUGUCGGCUCGCUUCCUCUUAUUGGAGACCAUCUCAACAUCGCCAAUGUGAUUCAGGCCACCAUUGAUGGUCAGUACUUCGUCCCUGGCCUCAAGUACGAGCAGCACAACAUCGAGACAAAGUACCUUAUCGGUUUUGGUGGCGAUUCGGGAAUCGAGAUCAACUCUCUCGGUGCUCUCAAUCAGAUUCUCGAGGUCCUUCUCGGUAACGCUUCGUUGGCGACUCUUCAGACAGUCAUUGGUGACUUGAGCAAUUUGCCGGGCAACGUCGUUGGUGGCAUCCUCAGCCAGAUUCCCGGUGGUGUCGGCUCGCAACUCUGCGGCGCAGCCACCGGCCUGCCCAUCGUCGGAGGUGUUCUGAGCGGCCUGGGAUGCCCGACGUCGACGUCGGCCAGUGUUGUUGCUACACCGAAUGUGGUGCCAAAUGUGGCGCCAGCGGCGGUAACGACGGUCAUUGGUGGCGUGACAAAUGUCAUUGCGAAUGGCAUCACUUCUAUUCUUGGAGCCGGCUCGACCACACCAGCGGUGGCGGCAAGCACGCCAGCCGCAGCGACACCUACAGCAACAACUCCAACAUCAACAGGCAUUCUGGGCAGCCUUCCGAGUAUCUUGCGGAGGAUCGAAGAACGCCUCGAGGCCGAGAAUUCCGAAAAGGAUCUUCGAAGCUUCCACGAAGAGCAGAAGCGCAAGUACGACUUGGGCCGCGACCUCUGAUAUCCCCGCUUUUCUGUUUGCUUCGCUCUCUCGUCCACCGCUUCUUCCCUUUGCUAUACCCUCCUCCAUCCUUCAUUUCCGUCGAUCCCUUCUCAGAAGCGGUUCUUCACUCUCUCUCUGUUGUUCAAGUACCCUUUUCGUGUUAAACCUCCCAACCCCGCACACACUCCUUUGUCGUUUCUUUAGUUUGCCUCUUUGGCCGAUGCUUCCCGCUGCUACCACUUCACUCCCUUCUCCUUGCCGUGCCGCGCAGAUGCCAGAGAUAAAAAGCAAUUCAACCAAAGCAUUCCCUGC